AUGUCAUUUAAAGAGGAGAGAAAGGUUUGUUCUAAACAUUAAUUGGAGAUAACAACAAUUGAUUUAAAGUAAUCAACUGCUAAAGAAGAUAAAUAUCUAUGUAUAAAAUGUCUAAUAGAAAAAAUUGAUAUCUAAAAUAUUGCUUUAAUGGAUGAGACUUAAAUUAUGAUUAAGGAAAUGAAAAGUGAAUAAUAAACAUUAAAGAUUAAGGAAAAUUAAAUAAGAAUAGAAAACUUGAAAUAAAUUGAAUGUCUGAUAAAAUAAUUUAAAGUUUAAAUUGAAGAUGUAAUUGAUAAAAUAUUAAUUAACAUUCAUUCAAGAGUAUAGACAAUUGAAUAGGAUUUAGAAGAAUAUGAUUCAAAGUCUAAAAUAUAUAAAUUUGAAGAUAAAGUUGAAAUUCUAUCAAAACAUUCUAGUUUUAUCUUAGAAUUCUCCAUAUGA